AUGGCGAUAAAGAAAUCCCGCGAGAUCGUCAUCGUGGGCGCAGGAUGCUACGGGGUGUCGACUGCGUACCAUCUGCUUCUAAGAGGCUUCGCUAAGAUCACCGUUUUGGAUCGAUCUGACGUCUUGCCUGCACCUCACGCUGCAAGCACCGAUUUAAACAAGAUCGUUCGAAGCGCAUAUCCAGAUGUUUUCUACGCGCGUUUCGCUCGGGAAGCCAUCGAAGCAUGGAAAGACGAGAAAGAAUGGGGAGACACUUAUCACGAAUGUGGCGUGUUCACCAUGAUGUCGGGAGGAGAUUCGUAUGCGGAUCAAGCAUACCAGAGCGAGCUGGCGCUGGGCGGUCGCAUCGAUUUACUGAAGAGCGAGGAAGCCAUCCGAGGAAUCUUCCCUCCUGGUGUAAAGUUGGGUGCCCUAAAUAACAAAAUCGGCUACAUUAAUCGCGACGGAGGAUGGGCCAACGCAGCGCAAGGCGUCUCCAUCUUGAUGAAGAAGGCAAUAGCCUUGGGUGCCAAAGUCGUAUCGGGAAAGGCCGUCUGCAAGCUCCUGAAAACGGAUGGAAAAACGACGGGUGUCGAAUGCGCUGACGGCUCUGUAUACAGCGCCGAUUUAGUAAUAUUGUGCGCAGGCUCCUGGACCGCGUCCAGCUUCCCCACUCUCGAACUUGGACAGAAGUGUCUAGCAACUGCGCAGAGCAUUGCGACCAUCCAACUGACUCCCGAAGACGGAAAUGCCUACCGCAAUAUGCCCAUCUACCUGGACUUUAACAAUGGCUUCUACAUAUUCCCGCCCAACCACGAGAACAUCAUGAAAAUUGCCGUUGAAUCGGCAGGCUACACUUCGACGCUGCCAACGUCGCUUUCUGGGGUUUCGAUAUCCACCCCGCAAUUCGUGCAACCCGAGGACGGCCAAGGAUCGCGCAUCCCAAAGAAAGAGCUCCAGGAAAUCCGUACGCAACUUGCGAAGGUGUUCCCCGAGCUGGCGAAGAAACCUUUCAGCAGCACGCGGCUGUGUUGGUAUACGGACUCACCUGACGACGACUGGAUCAUCGGGUUCCACCCGUCAGAUUCAGGUGUGGUGCUAGCCACCGCCGGAAGCGGUCAUGCUUACAAGUUCCUCCCGAAUAUCGGUGGUCUUGUAGCAGAUGCUAUCGAGGGCGUCUUGGACCCGGCACUGGUGAAGAAGUUCGCAGUCGACCGCCAAGAGAAUGCCGAUGUCGUGUUCCGACGAGGCAGAACCGUGUCGGAACUCGAUUUUGGGACGCUGUGUACGUCAGAAGAUCUCUUGCCCGCUUCAUCGUAG